CGUCACUGCUGUCUGCGACAAAAUGUAGUGCGAGCUCUCAUUAAAGCAUCAGCUGAUGCUACACCUUUUCAGCACCGCGGACAGCUCCGUUCUGCAUACCGAGCAGAUGGAGGCGACUAUAAAAGCCCGCGUGGAGCAUCUCUGCACCGGACACACACACCAGCCUCCCACAACAUGGACAAAACACACCGCUUCCCGCAGAGGAGAACUGGAAAUGAAUAUCUGCAAUAUCAGCCGAAACGUGCAGGGUUAGACACGAGUGUUAGUGUUAGGAGGGAAUUCGAUAUGACCGCAUCCACCAGCAUGAACCUAACCAACCCCUUAUCUGGAAACUUUAACGAGAAAGAUCUGCUCCAUGGCUUGAACGGCCGUCUUGCUGGAUUCAUAGACAAGGUGCAUCAGCUGGAGUACCAGAAUCAGCUACUGGAGAGAGAAAUUGAGGAAAUCAGAGGAAAAGCCAGAUCUGUGUCCUCGCUGGAGCAAGAGUAUGGACCAGAACUGAGGAGGAUGAGGGAGCUGGUUCAGGACAUUACCCAUCAGAAAGGGCAGAUCGAGAUCGAGCAUCAGAAUCUGGAGGAGGAAUUAUCUAAUUUAAAGAGACAGCGUGAAAAAGAGGCGCAAAACAGGUCAGUGGCAGAGAGCAAUAUUAUGGUCCUCAAGAGGGACAUCAAUGACGCAUAUCAGGCUAAGCUACAACUGGACAAGAAGGCGCAGUCCCUCGUGGAUGAGAUUCACUUCCUGAAGAGCAACCACGAGGCCGAGGUGUCAGAGAUGAUAAACCACAUUCAAAAUACGCAGGAAAUCAUAAAGGCGCACGAAUUUGGCAACCCCGGCGUCACUGCGGCACUCCGGGACGUACGAGCGCAGCUAGAAGGUCACGCAGUUUGUGACGUACACCAGGUAGGGGAAACUUUUCGAUCUCAGUUUGCCAAGUUAACUGAGGCGGCUGAGGUGAAGAGAGAGGCGCUCAGAGCCACUCAGCAAGAAAUUAACGAGUACAGGAGACGGCUGCAGGCAAAGAACAUCGAGCUGGACUGCGCAAAAGGCACCAGAGAGGCUCUGGAAAAGCAACUUCAUGAGGUUGAAGAUCGCCACAAGGAAGAAAUUCUCCAUUACCAGGACACUAUCAAGCAACUUGAAAACGAGCUCAUAAAUUGCAAAUUUGACAUGUCUGGAUACCUGAGGGAGUACCAAGACCUGUUAAAUGUCAAGAUGGCUUUGGAUGUGGAGAUUCUGUCCUACAGGAAACUUCUGUGUGGUGAAGAGGCUCGUCUUUCCGCGGUGUCGGACACUCACAUGUCUUUGCCGUACAUCUACCACCAGUCUCCGGUGUACCCCCUCCCCUGCGUCAACAGGCAAGGGGGCGUCCACCGGUGGCCGGAGCCCCAGUACAAGUUUGUGGAAGAGAUUAUAACAGAGACCACGCGGGAGAUCGAGAUGUCAGAAUUUGAGGAGACGGGGUCUGAAGAGACAGAGGCGGGACAAGAUGAACAGUGUACCAAAAGAGAGAGAGGGAGUAGUAAGGAAGAGGAGGGUGAUAAAGACAGUGGAGAGGACAAUGGUGAGCAGAUCUCUGAUAGUCAGCAGGAUCAAGUAGAAACAGAAGAUGGAGCACAGGAGGGUGGUGGUGAGGAGGGAGAUGAAGAGGGAGAGGGUGGAAAAAGGGUGGAGGAAUUAUCAGAAGUAGAGAACAAUGAGGACACCGGAGCAGAGGAAAAUACUCAAGUUAAAUUGCACUUAACACAGGGUAUCGAUGAGGAAGAUGAACCUAACAGAGUACCUGAAAAAACUAACGAAAACAAAGAGGCAGGAAGCACAGAAACUGUUCAGAAAGCUGAGGAACUAAAAGAAGAGGUCCCAGUGGAGGAUAAACAGCACAAAACAUCUGAAGAUGAUACAAAACCUGACCCUUUGAAGGAGACAAAAAGCACCCCAGCUCAAGCGAAGACGUCUGAUGAUAAAAUCUCAGCUCAAGAUUUUAAAGAUUCAGAUAAAACUCAAGAGGCAGCCAGUGUUACUCAAGUGCAAAAUGAGGUUCAUGUUGUGGCUUCAGAGACAUGUGAGAAAACAGAUUUAGGAGCAGAGUCAAAGAGCAGUCUAGUCACAGAAACUGAAAAUAAAACUUCAAUAGCCAAAAGGGAGGAAAAAGGAAACAGUAAAGUAGAGCAAGAGGAGAUGAGUAAGAUUGAAAAAAGAGAUGAUAAAGCACAAAAAAGGAUUGAGGACCAAAACAAGGACACGCAGUCUAAAGCAAACAUGGAAACUGAUCUUAAAGCAGAGAAGCAAAAGUUAAACAGCGAAGAUGAAACCAAAAUAGUCCCUGUUACUCUGCCAAAACAGAAGUCACCAGCCACUGCAGAGGUCAAAGAAACACAAAAGGGGGCGCCAGAGAGCAAACAGAGUCAGAAAUCACAAGCAUUUGAUGAGAAAUAGCAAUUUAUAAAAGGAAAAAGUGAUGGGGCAGGUAAAAUAAGGAGGAACUAAACAGAGGGAAUGUGUGAUCAGAAUGAGUAAGCACAGAUGAGUCACUUCCAGCUCAGCUUAUGGACAGAUGGCAGUGAUGUAGCAGAGAACGGCUUUAACGCUGUAUGGCAGCUGGGGUUCAGGUGAGAUACCUGACCCCGUCAAAAUAAAAGCUUGAGCCAAAACAAAAGGAGAGAAAAUAGAGUUCAAAGCCCAGAAUUAUCCCCAUGUGGAGACAGCAUGAAUUUGCAUCAGCUUUGAGUCUUAAAUCAGCCUGUUAUGCAUUAAAACCUUUGGAUCCACUGCUCAACUGAUGUGAUUAUGAAUGUAAAACAUGCAAAGGGAAUUUGCAUGUCUUUGCUGUUUGCUGACAAAUAAAUACAAUUACAAAAUCAUGUUUGAGUCGGAUUUUCCUGCCCACCUAAAGGUAUUGUGAUAAUGUCAU